GUGCACUUUGGCUCUAUGAGCGUCAAGUCAACACAUUUACACUCCUAUAUAAACAGGCUGUGCCGGCGGUGCCUCUUACUCUUUUUUUUCCGUUUUCUUUCACAGUCAUUUCUGGAGGCGAAUACAAUUCACACCAUGAAUAAGCUGCUGGUUGUUACUGUGCUUGUUGCACUUCUUGCUCUUAACGCUGAAAGCUUCCGCGUGUUGAGGGAGACCGUGGAGGAACCGGGGACUCUGGCUAAAGUCACAGGUACCUUGAGGUCCUACUAUGACAGCGCCCUCAGCACUGCCAGCGGAUAUCUGGAUAGCAUCAAGGGCAUGAAGCUGGAGGAAAAGGCAAAGAAUUUUUACACUGAUACUACCACCGUUGUGAGCACCUACGCCGGCAUCAUGCAGGACCAGCUUUACCACAUUGUGUACCCCCAGAAUUAAAAAUAAAUAAACUUUUCUCAUGGCAUAGAAACCUCCACACAAACAUCAUCUGACAUUAGGAACUUUUCCACAUCUCAACACACUCAGACUUUAAAACCUCCAACGGCAUCUUCAGAAACAUGAGACACGCUGCUCUUUGUUGGGCCACUGCACAACCACCUGAUGGAGACUGUGAAGCUUUGAGAAGACAACUGAAUGACACAACUUGGGAAAGGAGCACAGAUCAGAUCUCAGAGUUAAAAACAAUCAGAGAUAAAAAUGAUGCAAAAAAUGUAAUGGUGUAAUGAUACGUGAUUAUCUAACACCACCUACUGGUGUUUUCAUUUUCUCACAGUUGACUCUAAUGGCAAUCCCAUCUCCAAAUGCAAAUAAAUAUUUGUGAUAUCUUAAAAUAAAAUAUUUAUGCUAAAA